GGGCAAUGAAUAAUCAAUACUGUUCUGCAUAUAAAACUACACUAUACAACCUAGUAUUUGGACAAUUAUCUCAUAGUAAAACUAGAUUGGCCGAUAUUUUAAUAAAUAACAACAAUAAUCAGGAAGAAUCAAAUAAUACUGAUAUUUUAACAAAUAUCGAUAAUUUGGAAUCCAACAAUGAUAAUGAGUCAUAUGAUUAUUUAUCUAUUUUAGAUGAUUAUUAUAAUCAGGAUAAGUUAUAUAAUCAAAUUGAAUCAUUAUUAUGUAACCGUAAUUCAAAUAAUUCUUUUACAGAUAACUUCGAAUCUAGACUUAAUUUAGAAGAUUCUAUUUCAUCUAAUAAUUCAUAUAAUAAUUGGAAUGAUGAUUUAUAUAAUAAUGAUAAUUAG